CUCGUUUUUUGUUGUAUAUGUCCCAGGAGGUGCUAGUAGAGAAUCAUGACAGACAAUCUCCAAAGUACGAAUCAGAGUCACGGACACAAAGUCUACAAGGUCGUUUUAACCGGAGGACCAUGUGGAGGUAAAACAACAACACAGACAAGAAUGGCAGCAUUUUUCGAAGAGAUUGGAUGGAAGGUUUUUAAAGUACCAGAAACAUCUACUAUCCUUUUAAGUGGCGGUGUAAAAUUUGCUGAAUUGGACGAAUGUGAAGUUUAUAAUUAUCAAGAAAAUCUUCUGAAGGUGAUGCUUCAAAUUGAGAAGACUUAUUUUGAUCUUGCUGACACAUGUCAUAAAAACUGUAUCAUAAUAUGUGACAGAGGAGCAAUGGACCCUUCUGCAUAUAUAGAAGCUGACAAAUGGAAGCAGAUUAUGGACUCUAAUGAAAUGAAUAUAAUUCAAUAUCGUGAUGAACGCUAUGAUCAAAUUCUUCAUCUUGUCUCAUGUGCCAGUGGAGCAGAGUCUUUUUAUACCAAGGCCAAUAAUAAAACAAGAAGUGAAGGACUCAAAUUGGCCAGGGAAAUAGAUUCAAAAACUAAGCAGGUCUGGGUUGGACAUCCUUACUUUGAUGUAAUAGACAACACAGUAGAUUUUGAUGGCAAAGUUCACAAGGCAAUUAAGGCUGUGUGCCGAAGAAUUGGCAUUGAUGUUGGUGAUCGUUUUGCACCGGACAGUAUCAAAAGAAAGUUUCUGGUAAAAUGUUUGCCUGAAGAUAAGGUUUUCCCUCCCUUUCAAGACUUUGAUGUUGUACAUGACUACCUCGUUGUAACUGACCUAGACAUUGGAACUCAAGCAAGACUUAGGAGAAGAGGGCAAAAUGGUAGAUAUACUUACAUGCACACUAUAAGAAGACCUAAAAUCGAUGAUCAAGUGGUAGAAGUAAGAAAAAAAUUGAACAGAAGAGAUUAUGAGAUGUUGCUGGCUCAGAGAGAUGAUACCCGUCAAUCUGUGUAUAAGAAGAGAAGGUGUUUCUUGUGGAAAAACCAGUAUUUUCAAAUGGAUGUGUACAAAGAACCAUAUCACUCAAGGUGUAAAGGUCUUCUCCUUCUUGAAACAUACACAAGCAAGUCAGCACAAGGGCUACAGCUCCCAUGUUUUCUCAGCAUUGAAAAAGAAGUUACAAAUGAUCCGGAAUACUCCAUGUACCUCCUGUCUUUGAAAUAAAUUUUGUACUGAACUUGCG